AUGCGCCAACGGGGAAAAAGACCCAACUGGUGCGUGCCGACGAAGAAAGGCUUCGGCCAGUUUUUCGCCUACACGCGGCUGCUGUUUUCGCUAGACUAUACCAAGACCGACGUGCUGCUGAUCGUCACCGGCGUGUUCUUCUCCAUCGCCGCGGGCAUACCCUUCCCAUUGCUGGGAAUCGUUUUCGGUGAGCUGAUUAACGAUCUUAACACGGCCACAUGCGAUUCCUCCGGAUCCUCCGAUAGCGCGGUCACGGACGGAGUGCGCACCAAGGUGCUUUACGUGAUUUAUAUCACGAUUGCCAAUUUCUGCUUUAUAUAUAUCCAUUGCAGCUGCUGGAGCUUGAUCAGUGAGCGCAUUGCGCGCCGAUACCGUCGACGCUACUUUGAGAGUAUCAUCAAGCAGGAGGCCGGCUACAUUGAGGUCCUGCCGGCUGGAGAUGUCAUCUCCCGGCUGGUCAGCGACAUCGAGGUGGUGCAGUCCGGCACCUCCGAAAAGGUCGGUAUUGUUAUCAGCACGGUUUCAUAUUUCGUCACUUCAUAUAUUGUUGCAUUUAUAAAGGUUCCGGCCAUUGCUGGCAUGUUGGUCUCAGUUGUGCCGUGCUAUUUCUUCAUGUCGCUCGCCGGAGGAUACUAUAUCAAAAAGUAUGCCAACGGCAUCACCACGCAUGUCAAUGCGGCCACGUCUAUUGCAUCCUCCAGUUUGUCGCAUCUGAUGCUGGUGCACGCCUUCAAUGCGCACGAGCGUCUGGAAAGGCUGUUCGCCGAGCACCUUUCCGAAUCGCGAAUGGAUGCAGUCAAGAAGGCCAUCACUCACGCGAUGCAGCUGGGUCUGCUGUAUUUCAUCGCGUACUCCGCUAAUGCCUUGGCCUUCUGGGAGGGUGCCCAUUUGAUCGCUGACUCGGUAGAAUCGGGAGGCAAUGGAACAUCGGUCGGUGCGGUAUAUACGGUGAUUUUCGUUCUGAUCGAUGCGUCUUUCAUUCUCAGCCAGGUGGCACCAUUCGUGCAUGUCUUUGCCUCGGCAGCUGGUGCUUCAGAGAGACUUAUGACCGUCAUCAAACGCCAGUCCAAUAUUGAUGGCACUUCAGAUUCCGGAGACAGGUCCGCCCCAUUCAACUCGGCAGAUAUUACUUUCCGUGAUGUGAAAUUCACCUAUCCGUCUCGUCCUGAUGUGCCGGUUUUGCAGGGUGUGGAUUUUGCUAUUCCGCCUCGGAAACACACUGCGAUUGUUGGACCGUCGGGCGGUGGCAAGUCCACUAUCGUGGCCCUUCUCGAACGCUUUUACGAUCCCGCAUCCGGAGAUAUUUUUGUUGGUGAGCAGAACUUCCGCGACUUGAACGUGCGGUACCUUCGUGGAAACAUUGGCUUUGUGCAGCAAGAACCGUCGCUGCUGGACCGCUCAGUUCUGGAGAAUAUCGCCUAUGGACUGGUGACUUCCGCUGCCGAGAAUCAUCAACAUCUGGCUCCGUUUAUCCUUGACUCCUCUCUGCCGGACCUGGUAGCGCAAAUUCGCAGUGGCGUGUCGGAGAAGAAGGCCCUCGAGGGCCAGAACCCUAUUGUCGUUGAGAUCGUGGGACUGGUUCGACAAGCGGCAGCGAGUUCCAAUGCCCUGAACUUCAUUGAGGCUCUCCCACACGGCUUUGCCACGGCAGCAGGCUCUUCAGGUAGCCAGCUGAGCGGCGGUCAGAAGCAGCGGAUUGCACUUGCCCGAGCUCUUGUUCGUGAGCCUGCGCUGUUGAUUCUGGACGAGGCAACUGCAGCGCUGGACUCUACCAGCGAGCAGUUGAUCCAGGAGGCUUUGAGCAAGGUUGCCGAGCGGAUCACCACUGUUUCGAUCGCCCACCGUUUGGCGACUGCCAAAGAUGCCCACAAGAUUGUGCUCAUUCAACAGGGUCGCGUUGCCGAGGAAGGCUCUCACGCCGAGCUGGUUGCCCAAGGCGGCUCCUAUGCCGAGAUGGUGCGAUUGCAGAACCUAGGGAAGCUGAGUCCUUCCACCACUCUCGCGGAAGACCCCAUUCAUGAAGAUAAAGAUGACGGGCUGGGUGCCGCUGACAAUAAGGAGGCUUUGCUCGACGUUCAUGGAGCAGAUGUCACUGACGACUCUCUUCCGGCAUCCGCGACUGAAGACAUGAAAGAGAUCGAAACGGAGCAGCUGAAGAAAAAGCGUGAAAAGAGGGAGAAGAAAGAGAAGAUACGCCGGCGCUCGGGAUGGUUCACUCUGAAGUUUACCUUCUCUCUGCUUCGCCCCAACAUGCACUUCAUCCUCAUCGGCCUAUUUAUGUCUGCUAUCAUCGGCGGUAGCUAUACCGCAGAGGCCGUCAUCUUCGGUAACACUGUCGGCAGCUUGAGCCCAUGCGAAGGAGCCGAAUCGAUCCGCCACAGUGGAAGCUUGUAUGGGUUAUUGUUCUUUAUCAUGGCUCUGGUGGAACUCUUGGCCAACAUCUUCAGCGGCUGCGCAUACGGCUGGGCCGCGGACAAAAUCCUGUAUCGAAUUCGGGUUCUUUCUUUGCGAUCACUUCUGGGACAGACGGUCAAGUGGCACGGAAUGGACGAUCGCACUCCAAAUACUCUCCUCACUUACAUUACUGGGGAUGCGACGGCUCUGAGUAGCAUCACCGGUACCACCAUCGGUCUUCUCCUGGCCAUGGCAGUGAACUUGAUAGCUGGUUUGGUGGUCUCAUUUGCCAUUGCAUGGAAGAUAACAAUCGUGCUGUUCCCGACGAUCCCAGUCCUGCUGGCGGCGGGAAUGAUGAAGCUGCGAACCCAGGCCAAGUUCGCGGAACGACACCAGAAGGCCUUUGCACAGGCCACGGCCAUCACCGUCGAGGCUGUUGACAAUAUCCGCGCUGUCUCGGCGUUCUCGCUCGAGAAACAAUCCUAUGCGGUGUAUGAACGGGCCCUGCGAGCUCCGUACCGUGAGACCUUGCGCUCAAUUGCUUUCGGCAACGUCUUCCUCGCUCUGGCGUUUAGCAUUAGCAAUCUGGUUUAUGCCCUGGCAUACUGGUGGGGUACUCGACAGAUCGUGGCCGGGCUCUACUCUCAGAAACAGUUCUUCAUUGUGCUGCCAGCACUUUUGUUCAGCACCCAGUCCUGUGGCCAGAUGUUCGCUCUCGCCCCCGAUAUCUCCAAGGCAGGCGUGGCAGCAACCAACAUUACAGAGAUUCUGACCACCUGCUCCGCCGACGAGGAGCUUAACCCUGACUACAAAACCAAAAAGCACGACACGCACCUGCUGGAGGAGAAGAUUCCGGAUCCCGAGGCAGUUCAUCCCGAGCAACGAACCUUGGGAACCGUCGGAGCGCCGCCGCCAAUGCGCGGCCUUGGUGCCGAGCUGCAAAACGUGCAUUUUGAGUAUCCGUCCCGACCGGGACAGCCGGUGCUACGGGGUCUAAGUCUGCGAAUCAAACCGGGCCAGUUCUGCGCACUGGUCGGACCUAGCGGCUCCGGCAAGUCGACGACCUUCUCAAUGCUGGAGCGCUUCUACCGGCCCGAGUCCGGUGCUGUGUUUAUUGACGGGGUCAACAUCACCCGGCAGCUGGGCACAUCCUUCCGCGACGAGAUCGCUCUGGUGCCGCAAGAAAACGUUCUCUUCGAGGGCACGGUGGCUUUCAACAUCGGACUGGGCGCCCGCCCGGGUCACGAGCCAACCCAAGACGAGAUCGAGGAGGCAUGCCGCAUGGCCAACAUUCAUGAGGUGAUCAUGGCUCUGCCGCAGGGGUACCAGACUCCCUGCAGCCACGACGGCAAGCAGUUCUCGGGUGGUCAGCGACAGCGGCUGUCGAUUGCGCGGGCUCUAGUCCGCCGUCCGCGUAUGCUGUUGCUGGACGAGUCCACCAGUGCGCUGGAUGUCGAGUCUGAGAAGCGCAUCCAGGAAGCACUGGCUACCCUCGCAGGUCGCACCACUAUAGUAGCUAUCGCGCAUCGCCUCAACACCAUCCACCAAGCCGACUGUAUCUACCUCAUUGAGGACGGCCGCUGUGUUGAGCAGGGUACACAUACGCAGCUCAUCGAGCGCAGUGAGACAUACCGGACGAGUGUGAUCCACCAGUCUCUGGAGACAUAG